GCCCGACCCGACGCUCGUUCCAAUUCCUUGCUCCACGACGACCAACUCCACCGUCCCCGACGCCAACUGCCGUCGACGCGCUCAACGUCCCGAACACACAAAGCCCCUGUACACCACAUACCGCCGGCCCCAUCGCAGGCUUAGCUCUCACCGAAGGAUCGCCUCUUCCGCUCCACCCCAUCACUCCCCGCCCACUCCAUUCAGUCGCGCUCCCUACUAGACCCUCGGCUCCGCCCUGCUCCAGAUCCUCUCCCCACCUUUCGCAGCAUCGACACUGCCUAAAUCGCCACGAUGGCCGGAGAUCACAAGUGUCCAGUCUGCCAGGCGACGUUCACCAGGCCGCAGCAUGUCGCCCGACACAUGCGAUCUCACACCGGCGACCGCCCGUACAAGUGCCAACACUGCGGCGACCAGUUCGCCCGCUCGGACCUCCUCUCUCGCCACAUUAACAAAUGCCACGCAUCGGAAAAGCCCCCAGUGACGAACGCGCCCUCGAACCAGCGCAGGAAGGGUGCUGCAGCUGCAUGCCGUGCUACGACCUCGAAACAAGCUUGCGAUCAAUGCGUACAAGGUACAUUACCCUGCGACGGCGCUAAUCCAUGUUCGAAAUGUAUUCAACGGAAGACGCGAUGUACAUAUAUCAAAUUCCACCGACAAACAGCCCCAGCAGGCCCGGGACACAUGCCACCUCGGAUGCCCGGAUCCACAUCAAACGCGGCUGCGAGUGGAAUCAACUUGCCACCUGUAGGAUCCGUCGCACUUUCCUCGAACAACUUCAACCUCGGUCUGCCCCCUCUCUCCGACUACUCGUUCGCCGGUCCCAGCCUGUACGCCCAGACAGGCUCCAUCCACAAUCCCCCUUCCACCUCGUUCAAUCCCGGACACGGGAGGGGAUACUCGGAUGACGCCUUCAUCCUCAACCAAACUGGCUACAACCCUGGCCUGAACCCGAACGCGAGCCCGACGAUGCACUCAUCUGUCGACGCCAACGCUAGUCCGCACGCACCUUACGUUCACCCCGCCGGCCUGGCCGGCGGCAUCAAUCCUGGACCCACCAACAGCGUCGGCUCGACCGCGCUCCAGGGGCUCUACGGCAACCACCAGUUCACGUUCCCGGCGCCUCCGAUGCCUCCGCCCGUUACCCAGACACAGAGCCAGAACGCAGUGUACGGACCCACCGGCGAUCUUAUGAACCGCGUCGGCUCGUCGUCGCCCACCCCGUCGCUCACCAUGUCAGGUUCGACGCGCGAUUCCAUCGACUCGGGUACGAGCGCGGGCAGCUCCCCGCACAUGACGCAGCCGCAGUUGCACGGAAUGACGCAGGGACAGCUGCCGCCGAAUAUCGGCCAGGACGCUGGGAUGCGGUACAGGAUGCAUGCGGAAAUGUUCAGGCGACAAAUGGUGCAGCAGCAGGUGCAGGAAGCAGCUCAGGCGGCGGCCGCGCGUAGUGGGGGAUCUGAAUUGAUCCGCCCGAGAUUCGACUCGAACCCGGCGGCCACCACGGCCACCACCAUAUCGGGAUGGCCACCGUCCUCGGACGACGGUGUUAAGUACGAGACGACGGCCUUCGAGGGCCUAUUCGAUAACGAACAACAGCAUCAGCCCCACGCGCAGGACGGGUACGCGUCGUUCAGGCAUCCGAACGGUGGGUUGAACGGCGCGCAUCACGCUCGGAACGCGUCGGAUGCCAGCUCGGCGAGCGAUGCCAGCGCGGCGAGUUCUGCGGGACAUUUCCCGGGCGGAGACGAGCGCGCCGGGAGCGUCGCUUCCGAAGGGGGAAGAAACGUCCACCAUAAUGCGCAGUUGUCGCCUAAAGUGUAUGGUGACGGGAAGCAGCCGGACGGCGUGUCGAACGCGUUCGGACUGAUGAGCCUUGACGAUCCCAACGUCCUUGCUGGCCUGGCGAACGACGGUCAACCGUUCUUCAGCGGCAUGACACCCGGCGCCUUCGACAUGCAGACGCCGAUGCCGAACCGGGAGAAGGAGAGGCAGGGGCCGUUUUCCGGCCUCUUCUCGCCGUUCAAGACGCCGCUGAGCACGUUGAGCAGGCAGCUCGGCUUUGACUACUCUAAAGGUGAUUUGCCACCAUCCUCCUGGGAGGAUCUUGUUGGCGAGUUCGUGAAUGACGCCGGCGUUGUUGCAGAUGGCAAGACGCCGUUGAGCUCGAAGGAGGUGGAGACCAAGGAGCUGCGUGAUUUCUGGAAGCAGUAUUUGAAGACGCCGUUGAGCGGGGGUGGUCCCCUUGGCCAGCCUAGCGGCGUCAACGGGGAUAAUCUCGCUCGACCUGGAGGGCUGAAGCGCGGUCUAAGCCGCGUCGCCUCGCUCCCGUCCGUGAAGACGCCAGCCGCCGCGAACGUCGAACAACCGCCGUAUCACCAUCACCCCCAGACGCCCGGCGUCGAGCAGAUCAACGCGAACAACUACAACAACGUCGCUCAUGCCGCCUACGCCCGCGCUCCCAAUGGGUCGGACGACCUGCGGUCGUACGAGCAGGCGGUGCUCGCGCGCAGGAUGCCGAUGCGUCUCAAUAUCGCCCCGAAAAAGCCGCGCGUGUCGCCCCAACCUCCGUCUCAGGCGACCUCGAGCCAGCAAGGUCACCAAUCCGGCGCCGGAGGGAACCUCUCGGCAUCGGGUUUGAACGCGACACUCAACGCUCAGAGCCGGCCUUCGUCGUCCAACUCGUCGUCGAGUCUCACCGGCGCGCUCGGCGGCGAAGCGAGCGGUAGCCGCCCGGGCACGUCGCAGGGUCGCAUGGGCCCACCGCCCGACACGACCAUGCGCCCUCCGGCCGGCGGAAGCGACGACGGCGCGUCCGUUACCUCGGACGGGGAUGGUUCUGGUCGGCCAAGCUUCAAGCGGCUCGCGAGCCAGACGCUGGGUCCGGAGAACACGAAGCGGACAAUGUUGUCGUAUCCGGCUGAUGAGGCAGAUCCGCAAGCGGGCGGAGAGGAGGGGCAGCAGCAAGAUGGGUACCAGGGAGGGAUUGAUGGCGCGCGACCCAUAGCGGGCCUCCCGGACAGGUAUAGGAGGGUAAACAUUUCGAGCGCAACGGCAUGAUAUACAUCGCGAAAUGUGGCGUCUUGUUGUUUACUGAAAGUGUUGACUCUGAUGUUGUUUCCAUGAUCUCCCGUUUUUCUUGACUUAUAUCCUCUCCAUGGAGCUUCUCUCUCCCCUUCCCCUGUUCUUAUUUCAGGACGAAAGUAUGUUUAGUUGUACUUGUAUGGUCGUAUACUACCGUAUCACCUCCGCCAUGUAAUACAUGAAGAUGGUCUGGAGGUUACAUCUUCUGACACUGCC